GUCGCGAGCGCGUGUCAGGAAAGCGGCCAGGCAGCGGGCGCGGGGCGGGCUGCUUUGCAUUAUGUGCGACUCGGCCCUGGCUUUUCUGACUGCUGCACUGCUCUGCCUGCACAACUGCCAGCGAGGUCCUGCCUUGGUUCUCCAGGCGGCCUGGCUGUUUUCACUUGUUCUUGGACUGGGCCAAAGCGAACACAAUAGAUGUGCCUCUUCAAACGUGGUCUCCUGUGCCAGGUGCCUCCAGAUGGGUCCAGAAUGCGGAUGGUGUGUUCAAGAGGAUUUUGUUUCAGGUGGAUCAAGAAGUGAACGCUGUGAUACUGUUUCCAAUUUGAUAAGCAAAGGCUGUCCAGUUGAUUCUGUAGAAUACCUGUCUGUGCGUGUAGUAACACCAAGUGAGAAUGAAAUCAAUACCCAAGUGACACCCGGAGAAGUCUCAAUCCAACUGCAUCCAGGAGCUGAAGCUAAUUUCAUGUUAAAAAUCCGUCCUCUGAAGAAAUACCCUGUGGAUCUUUAUUAUCUGGUUGAUGUGUCAGCAUCAAUGCACAAUAAUAUAGAAAAAUUGAAUUCUGUUGGAAAUGAUUUAUCCAGAAAAAUGGCGUUUUUCUCCCAUGACUUCCGUCUUGGUUUUGGUUCAUAUGUGGAUAAAACUGUCUCACCUUACAUUAGCAUCCAUCCAGAGAGGAUCCAUAACCAGUGCAGUGACUACAAUUUAGACUGUAUGCCUCCCCAUGGAUACAUCCAUGUGCUGUCUCUGACAGAAAACAUCACUGAGUUUGAAAAAGCAGUUCACAGACAAAAGAUCUCUGGAAACAUAGACACUCCUGAAGGAGGUUUCGAUGCCAUGCUUCAGGCUGCUGUAUGUGAGAGUCAUAUUGGAUGGCGAAAAGAAGCUAAAAGAUUGCUGCUGGUGAUGACAGACCAGACAUCACAUCUUGCUCUUGAUAGCAAGCUGGCAGGCAUAGUGGUGCCAAAUGACGGAAACUGCCAUAUGAAAAACAACGUCUACGUCAAAUCGACAACCAUGGAACAUCCAUCACUAGGCCAACUUUCUGAAAAGUUAAUAGACAACAACAUAAAUGUCAUUUUUGCAGUUCAAGGAAAGCAGUUUCAUUGGUACAAGGAUCUUCUGCCCCUUUUGCCUGGUGCCAUUGCUGGUGAGAUAGAAUCCAAAGCUGCAAAUCUCAACAAUUUAGUAGUAGAAGCCUACAAGAAACUCAUUUCAGAAGUAAAAGUGCAGAUGGAAAACCAGGUACAUGGUGUCUAUUUUAACAUCACUGCCAUCUGUCCGGAUGGGGCCAGAAAGCCAGGCACAAUUGGAUGUGGAAAUGUGACAAGCAAUGAUGAAGCUCUUUUCAAUGUAACAGUUGUGAUGAAAACCUGUGAUGUCACAGGAGGAAAAAAUUAUGCAAUAAUCAAACCUAUUGGUUUCAAUGAAACCACUAAAGUCCACAUACACAGAAGCUGCAGCUGCCAGUGUGAGGAUCGCAGAGAGCGCAAAGGACAGUGUGCUGAAGCGGCCCUGGAUUCCAAGUGUCCACAGUGUGAUGACAGCAAAUGUCAUUUUGAUGAAGACCAGUUUCCUUCUGAAACUUGCAAGUUGCAGGAGGAUCAACCUGUCUGUAGUGGCCGAGGAGUUUGUAUCUGUGGGAAAUGUUUAUGUCACAAAACCAAGCUUGGAAGAGUAUAUGGCAGAUACUGUGAAAAGGAUGACUUUUCUUGUCCAUAUCACCAUGGAAAUGUGUGUGCUGGGCGUGGGGAAUGUGAAGGUGGCAGAUGCCAGUGCUUUAACGGCUGGGAAGGAGAUCGGUGCCAGUGUCCGUCAGCCUUAGCACAGCACUGUGUCAAUUCCAAGGGCCAAGUCUGCAGCGGGAGAGGCACCUGUGUAUGUGGCCGGUGUGAGUGCACUGAUCGCAGGAGCAUUGGCCGCCUCUGUGAGCACUGCCCAACCUGCCAUCUGUCCUGCAAUGAAAACUGGAACUGCAUGCAGUGCCGUCAUCCUCACAAUCUGUCUCAGGCUGUACUCGAUCAGUGUAAAACCUCCUGUGCUGUCAUGGAACAGCAUCGUGUGGACCAAGCAUCAGAAUGUUUAUCUGGCCCAAGCUAUCUGCGAAUAUUUUUCAUCAUAUUCAUAGUCACAUUCUUGAUUGGGUUGCUUAAAGUCCUUAUCAUUAGACAGGUGAUACUACAAUGGAAUAGUAAUAAGAUAAAGUCUUCAUCAGAUUACAGAAUGUCUGCUUCCAAAAAGGAUAAACUGAUUCUGCAAAGUGUUUGCACAAGAGCUGUAACCUACCGACGAGAAAAGCCCGAGGAAAUAAAAAUGGAUAUCAGCAAACUAAAUGCUCACGAGGCUUUCAGGUGCAACUUCUAAAGAAAGAUUAAAACAACAACAACAAUUAUAAUAACAAAACAACACUGUUGGAAACUGGAUUUUUUUUUUACACAAUUACUCUGAAAAAGUAUAAUAUAAAAGUCACAGGAGGAGACAAAGUAUUGAAGAUUGUGCCACGAAGACUGGCAAGUGUCUUCACAACCAUGUGACUCAUCCAGCUGCUGAACCUUUCAGAGAACUAUGUGUCUUACUACUGUUGGAUACUAGUGUUGUAGCACUUUACUAUAAUAUAUAACUUAUUUAGAUCAGCGUAGAAUGUAGAUCAUCUGGAAAGCACUGAUUACACUUUACAGGUUCCUGUCAUCCCUGCACUUCCCAGACACAGUGCUGUGAAACAGGUUGGCAUGGUGUUGCCACCACAGUGCAGUGUUUCUUGCACACAACCUGCUGAUGGAAAACAUCUAGGAGUCACUGAAAGCAGUCAACCACACCAACUGGCAUUGUCUAGACGCGCACAACCAGCUGAAUAAUGGUUAGUAUUUCACUUCAGUUGGAGGUGAAUAGAUAAAACCUUAAACCUAAGGGGUGUUGCUUUUGAAACUGUGUGUUUUGGUGCAUGUGCAUUUCUGUUUUCUUCUCUUUUGCAAAAUGAAUAUUGACUCCAACAUCUUCUCUUUUUCGCAUUUAUACUCUGUUUUUUCUUCCUUCUGGAAUAAGUUUAUAAUGUCAUAGAUGACUGGAUUAAAUAAGUGCUAAAUUACUACUGCCAUAGAAAUCUAUAUGACAAUGUCACUUUAUUAGAAUACUGGUUUUUAAAGCUGAAUGUUAAUAAGGGUCACUGUAAAGUUUCAUCUAAGUCCACAGCUUCUUUGUCGGAAGAUACAGAAUUUUGUACUUUCUUACCUGUCAAACUGGAUGUAUUGUUUUACUAUCUCAUUAAUCUAACCUGUAGCCUGAAAUCCACAAGGUGUCUACAGAACUGCUUCAAGUGGAGUGCCCUUUUCUGAGUAUGCUCUCUUGAUUUUUACUCCAAGUUGAUAUCAACAGUUUUCAAAGGGAAAGCUGUACUAUUUCCCCCCUGUGCAGUCUAAGGGCAUUCUUUGAAUCAUCCCAACCUGACUCAUGAGAAUUAACAAAGGCAUAAAAUUGGAGAAGGGUGGGUAAUAUCUUAGAAAUAAGCUAAUUCCCUCUUUUUGUUAGCCAGGGAACUGAGGCUUGGAAAAUAUAAAUGAUUCACAAAAACACAGAAGCAACGAAGUGGCACUAUUAGAGAAGAUCUGCCUUAUAAUUACAGGCCAGCAUUGCACAAUAGCACACUACCUCUUAAAUUUGCAAAAUAUCCAUGGCAAAACUUAAAACAUAAUUUAUUGAAGUCCUGAGUGUAUUUUCAUGAGAAUAUUUCAAAGCAAGGUAGAAAAGGGUACUUUAAAUGGAUUUGUGUAUAAGCAGUUUAUUGUUUUUCUCAUUAGCCACAUUCUGAUAAGGCUUUGGUACAGCCCUUCCCUCCACACAGUGGCUAUAAGAACAAGUCUCCUCGUGCUGUGAAUGGCUCAGCUUAAAGCCUUCAUGGAGAGGCUUGGUACUUGAAUCCUAAAUUCCAACUGUCCUACGUGUAGCACAUGUUUUACCUGUGACAACAGAGGAAUCUAAAGAAGUGUCUCUCCCAGGUUUGCUGCUUCCCAGAACCUU